AUGGAUGUGCUUUCUGUGAUCAUGAGGAUGAAAAGCAAGAACACCUAUUUUUUUCAUUGUGAUUUUGCUCGAGCAAUGUGGUUUGCGAGUCCCUUACAACCUAAGAAGCACGGAUACGCAUGGAGACCAACGUAUCCCGUGUCUGAUACGCAGGAGACACGAUACGCAGAGGAUACGCCGAGAUACGCACGGGAUACAUAUUAG